GUCAUAUCGGCAAGGCGAUGGUAAACUAUACACGCACGAUGCAUGAACGGUAUGGUACGGAGGAAGAUAAUACUCCACUUUGUUCUGUGCAAGGCUGUUUUUAUUCGGAAUAUUCGUAAUAACUAAGUCUAAGAUUCUCCCUAUCAUGUUAUCUUGAUAAUUGAGAAAUAUGGGAACUGGAGCAGGCAAAAAUCCCCAGGUGGGAAUGCCACUGAGUCCGACUGUAGAGUACGCCGAGAAACGAAGCAAGAAAGAGGGAGAGCCAGUCGUAAUUGAUGCCCCUGCGCUGGUUGACCUUGUUCAUGGUACAGUGCGCUACAGGAAUGAUGGUGAUCACAUCAUCAAAGCAGGGGAAGAAUUGAAGACAGGAUACUUCUACCAUGCAAGACUAGAAGACUACAGUGAAGCUGCAACUAUCAAGCCAGAUGACCAACAUAAAUUCAAGUAUGUCUACAAAGGAACGAAUAGCUCCCGUGGCAAGCAACUGUUCUAUGUGUAUGGCAUAGGCUUCAACAGCAAGGAUGAUCGAUUCCGAGUACGCAAGCAAUACAAACCAAAGGGCAGAGGUUACAUCUGGCCGAGCUCUUUCAGAAAAGGCAACCAUUUCUACUAUGAUCUGGCUUUCAUUACGCAAGAGCAUGAUUUUUCUGAAUCUGAAGACGAAGAUGAAGACAUGAAGGCAGAUGUUAAUCCAGACAAUAUGAGGUUCUGUCUGAAGGACACGGACACAGUUGAAGUGCUGAAGAAACGUGCUGCAGUCAGACUUCUUGUUCCAUCCUCUAACAUCCACAUCAGCUACAGAGAUGCUGAGCUGGGUGAUGAGACUAUUAUUGGAAAACAGCGUACUGAAGAAGAUGGCGACUUCACAAGAUUCAGCAUCUGUCUCCAAGCUGUCUGAUGAAAUACCUCUAUUGUCACCUUGACAGAAUAUGACAUUGUCAAAGUGAUAUCCAGUGUUUGUGCUUUGUGUUUGGGUUUGAAAGUCACUCAGAGUUGAUUGUCUCUUGUUUCCUGAAGCCACUGCAUGUGUUUUGUUUAACUAUGGUCAGACAUGAUAUUGGCAACUCAUGGUCGUGGCUUCCUGCUGUAUUUUGUGAUAUAGCUGUUUAUAAUUAAUUGAACUAAGCGUGAUAGACUUAUAAUAGCCUUAAUCAUAUAAAUUAGUCACAUCUAGCCCAGUAGAAAGGCUUGGGACAAUUUCUAGAGAUAACCAGUUGUAAACUACCAGUUGAUUUUGCCUGGCACCCGGGAUAUACAUGUAUUUAGUGUACAAGUUACCAAGGAAAUCAACCAGUAGUCAACAGCUUGUCGUCACUCAAACUUACCUCUCGGUAUGUUCUCUCAGUAUUUUCACAAGUCCAUUCAGUCAGUGAAUGAAAGAGUGUAGAGAACCCCUGUGACUUGUCUAGUUAAACCAUUGUUGACUAGCAUUGUGUUUGAUCAAAGUUAAAGCUGGUUCAUACUUGAUGCGAAAGUGAACAUUAUGUGAUGAAUUUGUCCCACCUAAUAUUGGUGCUGUGAAUUUGCAGAAGUUUAAGACAUUACCUUUAAACUUGGGUGAACUCAAGUGAAUGCCGUGGGACAUCACAUUUGCAACAUCAUCAGCAGCAGAGUCUUUUCUCUAGUUCUGUACAAAAACCUCCUGAGUAAGCCUUGAUGGCAUUGGAGAGCAUCAGUAGAUGACUCCAUUUGUACACUGUUGAGGAUGGGGAUGGUACCCAGUAUUUUAACAAUUUACUGAAUUUUGUGAGUCAAGUUGAAUCAUUUGAAGGAAGUGACUCUGAUGAGUCAUUAGAUCCAGAUGAUUGAGUUGAGUCAGUGUAUGGUCAGGUCAGGUCAAAUUUAUGCUUUUAUGACACUGAUAUGUAAACCAUAUAUCUUACACCAGAGAGAUGGAGACUAAAUUCUGAUUUGGUAAUCAUUCCUUAAUAUAAUGAAAGAAGGAACACAUUUAAAGACAAUAUUUUAUUUAUUAAUAUAUUUAUUCCAAGAAAUCAUGAUACAUUGUGUUGUCAAAUAUUAUUACCAACAAUCUUCAUAGCAGUUAGUAAGUGAAAGUUUGGUUUGAUAACACAAGUGUUUAACAUCUUACCAUGGCCCUCAGUUAUCACUUGUAGUUUUGAGACUUGAGUAUUGGCAGCCUUUGGUUCGAGUGGAGUGAUUUGUUUGCAGUGAUUUGAAUCACCAAAACGUUUAGUCAAACUUUUCUCCAGUUUUUACAACUCGGCUGGUACCUUGGCCACAUUGAUGGAGGCAAAUGCAUUUGCAUCCAGUAUGAACCAACUGUAAAAGAAUGAUGUAAUAGGAGUUUUAGGACUUGAAUACAUGAAACGCAGCUUCAUUUAAGUGUUAGGAUGACUUUUCAUUUUCUUUAUAGCACUGAAAGUGGGAAAUUUCAACACUGGAUUUCAUGCUGAUGAAGAGUUCCAUAAUCAUGACCAAAAACGUGAUGUCAUUCAGGGUGGAACAGGAGGGUUUCCAUAGCUUUGUGUACAGUUUGUGUACACUUUUCUACAUUUCAAAGCAUUGCUGGGUGAUUUUGAAGGAUUGGUGCUUUUACUAUUAUGCUCUUUUGAAAAAGAAUGCCAUUGUAUGACAACAUCAAAAUCUCAAGAUAGUGUCCUUGUGCAUGUUGACAAAAGUAUUUUCAAAGAAGUGAAAAACUACCAACUUCUUUUCACUUCAAAUGAAAACAAACUUGGAUCUUUUUAUUUUAUUGUAACAGAUAAUAAUAUGUGUACAAAAAGUUGAGCUGAAUAUCCAUUGCAUGUCUCCUUUAAGUUUUAACUAUGACCACACAUCAAUUUACAGUGGCAUAAACUGUGUUGGAAAUUGGGGGCAUAGGUGAUGGGGAAAAAUGGGGGAAUGACUUGGCUGGCCAUGGAAAUUUUAAAAUGGGGGGGGGCUACACCAAGUACUCUAUAUAGGGGGCAAUAUUCCUGAUGAAGAUGUACAUCUCUAGUGUGCAUCAAAUUCAUGAAAAAUCUUACACUAGAAUGGCAUAUUUAUGGCUUAAUAAAAUUGUUUCCCUUCCCCUUUUUGGUGAAAUCCUACAAGUUUUCAUAAUCCCUUUAAAUUUUUUGGGCUCAUCACAAAAGGGCAAGGGGGAGGAUUCAAUGGCCCAUUUCCCUACCUCAAAGUGGAAGGGACUACCCCCCCCCCGAUUUACGGCCAUGUAACUUUAGUUCUUAAUAAACUCUUUUGUGUUUGCAUUUGGUACAUGUACGUGGGUGUCCACCAAAUCAAAAAGCACCGUCUUAUUGCUUCUAGAUAUCAAACCAGAUUCCUUUUUGUCCUGAGUAACAUACAAACAAACCAUGAAGCAUGACCACUAUGAGGAUCGCGGGGGGGUGACCCCCUUACACAGUCAGUGGUUUACCCCCCACUCCCCAGAUAAAAUCCUGGUGACACCCGUGAUGGCCACUAUUCUCUGUGCUAAACUAGAUAGCUCAUUGAAAUCAAGGCUGGAGUCAUCCGAUAUCAUUACCUUCUACUGUUGUGUAUUAAUAGCAGCCACAGCCAAUCAAAAUUCCUUCCACUUGUCCUUCUACAGUACAUAGACAUAAUUAUCAUAUGCCAUUUGAGUGAUUUUGACUGAUAGGACAACUUGGUGCAGAUUGCAUCUUUGCAUAGGAGGGUUAAUGUUGAUACUAGUCCACCCAGAUGUCGUAGUAAACAAAAUGCUGCCACACUAUAAAGCAUUCCUUUUCAGCUCCAGAAUAUUUUGAGCUAUCGGUUAGACCCCAACAGAUGUGCUAAUUGAGUAAAACACCAUCUGCGAUGCACAUAUAGAUAAAAUCAAUAAAACACAAAUGCAGGGUUGGUUGGUUUGAUUACAAAAUUCUGAAAUGUUAUCUACUAUGAAUACAUGCAAGUGGAAAAGGAGUUGAAAAAAAUUUAUUUCCCAUUUUAGAAAUUGAAAGAUAUUUAGAAAUUUAGAGUCAUGUAGAUACUAAGUCUUUUUUUUGUAAGGAAAUAUUUAAAUGUAAAUACAUGUAUACAACUGAGGAGUCAUUUUAGGGCAGUGUAUGGGUUCAGGAAUAAUCAUUGUAGUAUUUGCAAUGCAGUAAUUUAGCAUUGCAGUAACUAUGAAAUAAUGCAUCUAUAUCAAGUGCAGACUACGUGGCUUAUGAAGAAAAAUUAUGUGAAAAAGCUUGUGAAAGGUUAUUUGACAGUCUGUUCCGAGACUUUCUUGAAGUUUGGUCCAAAAUGUAAAAUUUGUGUUAAUGUAUAGGUGGUACACUUUGUUUUUGAAAAUAUUUAUACAGAGUAUUUUUGUAGAUUUAUAAAUUGAGUCAUUAAUAGGACGUACAUGUAAUACAAUGUGUAAGAGAAAAAAAUGGUAUUCUUGUGAUCGUUUGGCCGUGGAGGAUGUGUCUGUGAUAAACAUGUUAGGUUGAACAACCUCACUUUGGUGGUUAUUAGUAACAACGGGCUUCUUCACAAUUGUUCCAACUUCCAAAGGUUGUCCAGGCAAGAGCAUUGUGGCUUUCAGGGUCAGUUGCACUAUGGAGGAAGGACACAGAAGGAGUUUAACUGGCUCGGCUACAACAUCUGUCCAAUUACUGCUUUCUGGCUUGCCCGGUAUGUCCAUAGCCAGAGCGCAGCGAAUGCUUGCUAUGCACCACCUGUUUCACAACCAUAAGCCCCUUUUUUACCCCAUGAUCAUUACCGCAAUGGUAAUCUGCAUCCUUGAAACAUUGUUUACUGCAGUAUAGGAAGUUGAAUAUUCAUGCCAUCGUUGGUGCUUGGUAUGACCUGACAACAUCAAAGCAUCUAAUGCUCGCUCAGUUGCUUGUAUUAGGCUGUGUGCUGUAAGUGUUCAUGUGCAGUUAUUGCCCUUAUCGAUCACUUUCUUCUUGACAUAUUUUGGGAAUAAACAGCCAAGUUGUUUGUAAGA